UCCCCGCUCGGCGCCGGCCGCGCUGCGCUGCGCCAUGAAGGCGAUCGUGCAGCGGGUGGCCCAGGCCAGCGUCACAGUGGGUGGUGAACAAAUUAGUUCCAUAGGACGAGGCCUCUGUGUGCUGCUGGGCAUUUCUUUGGAAGAUACACAAAGAGAGCUGGAGCACAUGGUUCGAAAGAUCUUGAACUUGCGAGUCUUUGAAGAUGAAAGUGGGAAGCACUGGUCCAAAAGUGUGAUGGAUAAACAGUAUGAAGUGUUGUGUGUGAGCCAAUUUACUCUCCAGUGCAUCCUGAAGGGAAACAAGCCUGACUAUCACAUGGCAAUGCCCACGGAGCAGGCAGAGUCUUUUUAUAACAACUUCCUAGAGCAGCUAAGAAAAGCCUACAAACCAGAGCUUAUUAAAGAUGGCAAGUUUGGUGCCUACAUGCAGGUCCACAUCCAGAAUGAUGGUCCUGUAACAAUAGAACUGGAGUCCCCAGCAGCCACUGUUGAUCCUAAACAACUGACAAAACUUGAAAAACAGCAACAAAGAAAAGAGAAGACCAGAACCAAGGUGCCCUCUGAGUCAAGCAGAGAAAGAAACGCCCCCCGAAACAAGGAUGAUCCCAGUGCCAGCAGUGGAGCAGAAGGAGAUGUGUCCUCGGAAAGAGAGCCUUAGCUCAUCCAAGGCAGCCCUCAGUUUCUUACACAAAAGCUACACUGAAUUAUUGAAGAAAGACCCAACAUUCACCUCAGCAACACUCCUCAACGACUUGAGAAAAGGAUGGAAAAUGGGAAAGCAGAGCUGAGACAUUAGAAACCUGUCAUUCUGUAUUGAGCCAACCAAAGCAAUGCUAUCAGAUUCAGUUGUAAAUGUGUAGUGUCAGUAGUGAAAAGGACUUGUGACAUUUCUGUGUAUGCGUUCUCACGCGACUGCUGAGUAAAGGGUGACUGUAGGCAGAUUGUAGCAGAACAUUUCACUCUCAGUACAUAAGCUCCAUUUAAAGAAUAAAUCAGGGUUUUUCCUUAAACUUACACUUGAAUUCUGAAAAUUCUCUGAGCAGGCUUGUGUAUUGAUUCUCACUCUGUGGUGUCAUGUGCUACCUGUUUCAAUUGCAGUGUGCAGAUCUGUGCAUAUUUUGGUAAAUUGUUAGCUGCUGCCUAACAUCAGGUUAGGCAGUCCAGUCUCUCUGCAUGGACUAAGUUAUUACAAGGGAAGAUCAGCCUCUAGUUGUUUAUCAUGUGGAACACAUCUGUCUUGUAAACUUUUUUAAAAACGGAAAAGACUUUAUUAAACAAAUGAUGCCAGCUGA